AUGACGGGACAAGCCGAAAGCUAUCGUCAUGAUGCCCAUACCGGCAUAAUUGCCGCCCUUCGGCGAGCCAAUGACAAGAAAAUGGAUUCCGCGCCGGGAAAUAAGCCAAAACCGUUAGAGAGAUCAUAUCUGUCUGCGGCGGUCGAAUCGAUCUCACCCUGGGGAGGCUCGCGGGCAUCUACACCCAAAGCGACGACACCUACCUUUUCUGGAGAAGGCUCAGGUUUAAAGAAUCAACAUGGCGGAGACCACAGUACCAAUCAUUGGCAUGGAUGGAGCACGAAGAAUUAUCCCCACGACUGCCCCCCACUGAAUCCAAGAUGGUAUCAUGCUGUUGAUAUCCCCAAAAGAAAACCUAAGCUUCUCAAGACCAACCAAGAAGAAACCAAACCCGCAGCCCCUCCCAAGAAGUUCAUUACAUUCUCCGAACACGAUUCUCGCGCAGUAGAAGCUUCAUACCAGAAGCUUGUCGAGGACUAUGAUAAUGGUAGAGAUCCACGCCAGAGGGCCCAGAGUGGGAAUUGGGAGCAGACCUCUGGAUGUGCAGGCGAGAAAAGCAACACUAGUAUUAAUGAAGCUGGGAAUAACAAGGAGGCCGAUAGAGGUAUAAAGGUUCCAGUACACGAAGACUUCUUAUUUGAUGUCGAUAUCGAGAAGAGAGAGCUCUCGCCGGUCUAUUGGCUCGGCCCGAUAUACGACGUUCGCAGAGGUAGCUGGUUCUACCAAGAGGGCUCGGUUCUUAAGCCUUGUGAAGAAAAUCUGGCCACCCAGUUAGAGGAAGGCUAUCUGAAAGUGAAGCCUUUCCGAUAUCCCAAACCCCCGGAGAAAAGUACUGCUCGGCCAAUAUCUAUCAAACUAGGAGAAGAACCCAAAUCAUUAGCGCGCAGCGGUGCCUUUGGAGGUAGGAACCGCAAUAGCUCUCCCUCCGUGACUCCAAAGGGGUCAACUGAGAACCUGAAAAUGCCACAGCAGGCUUCUGACGACAGCAAUGGACUAAAAGAUUCACCCCCACCCCACCAACCUCAGACUCAUCGUCUAUUCGGUACAUAUAUGAACUCUAUUGUCACUUAUCAAGACGAUCAUGUGGCCUGGAUAUCAAAUGAUAAUAUCAUGUCUCGAGUCAGUAGCACCGUAUAUCAGAAAUUUGCAGGUGGUGGCUACCUUGGGGGUGUAAAGAUUGUUCGUGGAUAUUCGGAACCAGGCAAAACGAAAGACACAACGUCUACAGACAAGGACAAGGGACCAAAGACCCCCACCAGUGCCACAACUGCUACCUCAACCACUCCAGAGUAUCUACAGCUUGACAACCGCCAGCAAAAAUUACUGAAACGACGAUCUGCACCUCCUAGCACAAGUCACUCCGAUGCUUCGCCAGAAGAUAAGAGUAGUGAGCUUCGGGAAGCAGCUUACAAAAGUCUAACCUCUAUAGACGCGGAUGCAGAGGAUGAAGCCGUGAGGAAACGUGAUGAGAAGGAGAUACAGAAUGAUUAUAAUGAUCGAGAUGACGAGAAUCAGGGGCGCGAUAUUGAACAUCUAAUAUUAGUGACGCAUGGUAUUGGUCAACGCUUAGGCAUGAGGACUGAAAGUGUCAAUUUCGUCCAUGACGUCAACGUUCUUCGUCAAACGCUUAAAAGUGUCUACGAGAGUUCCGCCGAUUUGCAGGCUCUAAAUGCGGAAAUUGAUAAGCUUCCUAAGAAUUGCCGUAUUCAAGUUCUUCCUGUCUGCUGGCGUCAUUUGCUGGAUUUUCCUCGCAAGGGCGUCAGGCAGAAUCGUAAAGAGCAUGACAUUGGUGAUGCCUUUGGCGAAGAGGAAGAAUAUCCAAGUCUUGAUGAUAUUACAGUGGAAGGCGUGCCGUUUGUUCGUUCGCUCAUCACUGAUCUUGCUCUUGAUAUUUUGCUGUAUCAGAGUGCUUACCGAGAACAUAUUAGCAAUAUCGUUCUUACUGAGGCAAAUCGUAUUUACAAUCUUUUCCGAGAACGCAAUCCACAGUUUUCGGGGAAAGUUAGCUUGAUAGGUCACUCUUUGGGAUCAGCGAUCUUAUUCGACAUUCUUUGUCGUCAGAGAGAAACUAAGAACCCUAGCCCAAGCUCUUCGCACUACAAGAAUCGUUCUGCCCCAUCUACAAAGCCACAUGGUAAGAGUCUCGAAUUCGACUUCGAUGUGGAGGAUUUCUAUUGCCUUGGAAGUCCCAUAGGAUUGUUCCAGAUGUUGAAAGGGAGAACUAUUGCUGCCAGAAACCGUACGGAAUCACUUCCGUCCGAUAGUCCAAUGGAUAUAGAUUCUAUGCAAGAUCCUUUUCUUGCAGCUGGCUCAGGUGCGGGCUUUCCAUCGGGAGAACACAUAUCUAGCACGACAGGGUUGCCAUACUCGAUUUCGAGUCCAAAAUGCGCUCAGCUGUACAACAUCUUCCACCCAACAGAUCCGAUUAGUUACAGACUUGAGCCUCUGAUUGCUCCUGCGAUGUCAUCCAUGAAACCGCAACUACUACCGUAUACCAAGAAAGGUAUCUUUGGUGCAAAUAUGAACCAGGGUAUCACGGGCAUCGGAGCAAAGGUGGGACAGAGCGUUAGUGGACUAUGGUCUAGUUUGAGCUCUGGAAUCGCGAGCAGUCUUCUAAACCGCAGUCUCGGACUUACAGGCGAAGACGUCGAAAGAAUGCAAGCAUCGAAUUCAUCAACCAUCAAGGGCCAACCCACCGGCGCGGGCACCAAUAUAGCAGGAGGAGUCAUCCCCGACCAUUCUACACUCCAGAGGGAAAAUACAAGCGAGAAGAUGAGGCAACUUGCUGAAGAUACAGCGGCGGCGGAUAGAGAUGGUACGGGUACGGCGCCUACUUUGAUUGAUGAUGAAAUCGAGACGUUAUAUGCGGGAUUUCAAAAGAGGAGGCGAAAUGAUAUGCCGGAGUCGGAUCGGGCGGAGGUUGAGGAGAGAGCGAAGAAAUUGAGGAGGGAGGAGAUGAAGGUUAGGGCGUUGAAUCAGAAUGGGAGGGUGGAUUUUAGUAUUCAAGAAAGCGUACUUGAUUUCAAUCCGAUCAACACCAUCGCCAGCCAUCUCGCAUACUGGGCCGACGAAGACGUAACGCAUUUCCUCAUUGGACAACUCCUCUCUCGUCACCGAACCAUUGCUCGUCUAAACAAUACCAGCAAUAGCAGCAAGAAAAGACGCCAAAAAUAA